AUGGGCAAAUUGAAAACCGUUUCUAGUACGGGUAAACGGCCUCGGCCUGGAAAUGGCCCUGAUUUGGUGGCUAAAAAGCUUUUGGCCAAAGUCAGAUUUGCUGUCUUGGAAAACGCCAUGGACCACGAAAUAGUGAAAAAAGAGAAAAUUCCACUCUUCUAUGUGAAAGGAUUUUCGGAAGGUCUUCACGAAGCAAUCGACUUUUACAUCGAUAAAGGACUGAAAUGCACUAUCCGUAUGUGCUCUGACGGAUACAAACUGAUGGUUCCUGCGUUGAAUCACUACAAGGCGGUACAAGUAAUACUGCAGCAGCGUAAAUAUUCCACUUUCUCCCAUGACAUUGAAGCAGAAAACCCGCUCAAGGUUGUUCUUCGCGGUUUGCCAGACAUGGAAAUUGACACUCUGUUAGAGGAACCGAAGGCAAAUGGACUGAAGCCAAUCCAGAUCCAUAAGAUGUCAUGCCAAAACAAGACUCGGAAGUACCGUGACCAAUUGUACCUUGUAAACCUGGAGAAAAAUUCAACAUGUUUGGCGGAUUUGCAGUCCAUUCGUGCCCUUUUUCACAUCAUUGUAGCCUGGGAGCGCUACAAACCAGUGCAUCGAGAUAUGACCUAA